ACAUCAUCAUCAUCGUCAACGACCGGGGCAGGGGGAGGAGGAGGGGAGGGGUCGUAAAGACGAUACUGUCCCUGCCGCUACUGUGAACUAUUUGGAAACAAUGGGCCUCCUCCGGUGCCGACCAGUCACAACUUCACGAAGCAGAGAGACAAGAUGAGGCAUAAACUGGAGGAGAAGAGGAGAGAGAAGGAACUAAACAGACCCUACAAUCCCCAACACAACUGCAGUGAGACUGACUCUCGGCCACUGGAUGAACUACUUGCCUUUAUUGAGGGAGAUGAGGAGGGAGAAGGGGGUGGAGUCUCGUCCGUCUCCAUGACUACUAACAACACCUCCAAGCCUGGAAAGAAAAAGAAAAAGACGAAAAAGAUUCUCGUAAUUCAUUCCUUCCAUUUGCUUGCUAAUUCCAUUCCUAUCUACAGUUCCCUAACAACCGUCACUCCCGGCAACAAC